UUUUUGGGUCCCUGGAUGUCCCUCCCCGCUGGGGAAUUCCCUGAUCCCCCAAAUCGGCCGCGGGGCUUUAUAACGGGACCAAAACCAGGAUUAACCCCAACCCUGCCCCUGAGCCACCCCCAACCCCAUCGGCCUCAAUUUUCCCCCACCCCACAGCCCCGAGCGGGACCCUCCCAAGCCGCUGUCCCCUCUGUCCCCUCCGCAGUCCCCCCGGAGGACCCCACGAUCGACGGCGCCCCCGAAAUCCUGCUGAGGGCGGGGACCCCCUACAACCUGACGUGCCGCGCCCGCAGCGCCAAACCCGCCGCCACCAUCGCCUGGUUCCGCGACGGGCAGCAGCAGGACGGCGCUGUCACCAGCACGGAGGUGCUGGCCGAUGGCAAGCGGGAGACCACCACGAGCCUGCUGGCCAUCAACCCCACGGACCUGGACAUCGGCCGGGUCUUCUCGUGCCGCAGCUCCAACGAGGCCAUCCCGGCCGGCAAAGAGACCUUCGUCAAGCUCAAUGUCCAUCAUCCCCCGACGGUCACCUUGUCCAUCCAGCCCCAGACGGUGCAGGAGGGUGAGAGGGUCGUGUUCACCUGUAUGGCCACGGCCAACCCCGAGAUCAAAGGCUACAGGUGGGCCAAAGGGGGGGUGAUCAUCGAGGAGGCCACGGAGAACCGGUACGACACGCAGGUGGACUACACCUUCUUCACGGAGCCCGUGUCCUGCGAGGUGCACAACGACAUCGGCAGCACCAACGUCAGCACCCUGGUGGACGUCCACUUCGCCCCCCGGAUCGUGGUGGACCCCAAGCCCACGGUGACCGACAUCGGCUCCGACGUCACCCUGACCUGCGUGUGGUCAGGGAACCCCCCGCUGACCCUCACCUGGACCAAGAAGGAAUCCAACAUGGUGCUGAGCAACAGCAACCAGCUGUACCUCAAGUCCGUCACGCAGGCGGACGCCGGCCAGUACGUCUGCAAGGCCAUCGUGCCCCGGAUCGGCGUGGGCGAGAGGGAGGUCACCCUCUUCGUCAACGGGCCCCCGAUCAUCUCGAGCGAGCCGGUGCAGUACGCGGCGCGCGGCGACCGCGGCAAGGUCGAGUGCUUCAUCGGCAGCACGCCGCCGCCAGACCGCAUCGCGUGGGCGUGGAAGGAGAACAUCCUGGAAGCGGGCACGCUGGAGAGGUACACGGUGGAGAGGAGCAACACGGGCAGCGGGGUUUUGUCCACCUUGACCAUCAACAACGUGAUGGACGCCGACUUCCAGACCCGCUACAACUGCACGGCCUGGAACAGCUUCGGGCCGGGCACGGCCAUCAUCCAGCUGGAGGAGAAAGAGGUCCUGCCCGUGGGCAUCAUCGCCGGGGCCACCAUCGGGGCCAGCAUCCUCCUCAUCAGCUUCCUGGUGGCCCUCGCCUGCUUCCUGUACCGGCGCCGCAAAGGAAGCCGCAAGGACGUCACGCUGCGCAAGCUGGACAUCAAGGUGGAGACGGUCAACCGGGAGCCGCUGACGCUGCACGCGGACAGGGAGGAGGACACGGCCAGCGUGUCCACGGCCACGCGCGUCAUGAAGGCCAUCUACUCGUCGUUCAAGGAUGACGUGGACUUGAAGCAGGACCUGCGCUGCGACACCAUCGACACCCGCGAGGAGUACGAGCUCAAGGACCCCACCAAUGGCUACUACAACGUCCGAGCCCACGAGGACCGCCCGGCCUCGCGCUCCGUCCUCUACGGCGACUACCGCGCCCCCGGCCCCGGCCGCUUCGACGCGCGGCCGCCUUCCCGCUUAUCCCAUUCCAGCGGCUACGCCCAGCUCAGCUCCUACCCCCGCAGCGGCCCCGAAUUCCCCCCACCCGAGGCCACGGCGGCUCCGGGGACGGCCGGGGGGGACACGGCCAGCCAGCUCUCCUACGAGAACUACGGCGGCGCCGCGUUCCCGGCGGGUCCCGGCUACGCCUCGUACCGGCUGGGCUUCGGGAACGCCGCGGGCCUCGAGAGGGGUCCCUACGAUGGCUACGACCCCAUGGGCAAGUUCGCCAGCGCCACGCGCUUCUCCUACACCUCGCAGCACUCGGACUACGGGCAGCGCUUCCAGCAGCGGAUGCAGACGCACGUUUAGGGCGGGCGGGCGGAGAAAAGGGUCCCGCAGGGACCUGCCGAGCGUCCCCUGAUAUUCAGGGGUUCGUCCCGAGCCGCCCCCGAUCCCCGAGUUUUCUUGGAGCUUCCAUUCAUUCCGUUGGUUGUUUUGCCGGUACUUUUCCCGCAGCGAGGGUUGCGGGGCGGGGGGGGGGGGGGGGUUGUCAGCGCUUUGUCCCCUCCGUGUCACCCACGGGGGCUCUGCGCCCUCCUCGUUCCCGGAGCCGUCCCAGGGAUCGGCGGGGGGGGGGGGGGCUCCGCGUGUCCCUAAAGCCGCGGGGACGCGCGAAUUCCCCAAAAAAAUCAGCCCCAUCCCGGCCAUUCGCGUUCCCCGAUCCCGCCGGGAUCAGCGAGGGGGGCUCCGCGUGUCCCUAAAGCCGCGGGGACGCGCGAAUUCCC